UCUCUCUCUCUCACUCAUUCUCUCUCUCUCGCUCUUUCUUUAAUUCAGUGUCUCUCUCUCUUACUCUUGUUCUCUCUCAUUGGCUGAGGCUCUAGCAUUGCAUGCGGAACAAUGGCAGACGCUGCAGCCGCUGCAGUCGCACGGACACUCCAGCUGCCUCUCUGCUGUCGUUGGGGCUGCUUUGGAUUCUGAUCAGCAGAACACACACACACACACACACACACUUAUACAGACACACACACACUCUCUUCUUCUCUCUCUGUUGCUGUGUGUACACAGUCUGUGUGUGGUUGGUGGAUGUCGGCUGCUGCCGCUGCGUCUGCGGUCAGGAUGGAGUGGUUAAGAUGCCUAAGAUUAUCAGACUCGGACUGACCACAGGAGAUAAUCUCUGGACCGGUCCGGUGGCGGAUGAGUGAGAGGUUUUGGAGCUAGAGGCUGAAAGGGGCAUUUCUUAGCGUGGAGCUUCUUCACUGUGGAGGAGGACUGGCAUCUGAGGUGGUGAUGUCUGAGGGAGCCGAGCUCAGAGAGUGUGAUGAGGCGUUUGAGUCAGAGGAGGGCGAUGGAGAUCAGUAUUUGGAGGAGGAGGAGGAAGAGGAUGAUGAGACGGAGAGCAGUAAGGAGCUGCUAGAGCGCCUCAGAGAGCUGGAGGCAGAAAACGCCACCCUUGCUCAGGCCAACGAGAACCAGCGGGAAGCGUACGAGCGCUGCCUGGACGAGGUGGCCAAUCAUGUGGUACAGGCUCUGCUGAACCAGAAGGAUCUGAGGGAGGAGUGUAUAAAGCUGAAGAUGCGAGUGUUCGACCUCGAGCGGCAGAACAAGACCCUGUCCGAGCUCUUCACCCAGAAACUGCACUCCACCUCUAACCCGCUACACCAGUUGCCGUCGGUAGCCUGUCCAGAGCACAGCGUGGAUGCCCUGACCACCGGCACAGAAAAACUGACCACCUUCAGCUCUCAGGGGAAGGUCAAGGGUAACAACGAAGGCACACAGAAUGGCACAGGAGGCUCUGCCCAAGCUUCUGCCUCAUCCAUGGAAGCCAUGUCUCCAUUCCUCAAGAAGAAAGCACACAUCCUUGAGGUUCUGCGAAAGCUGGAGGAGUCUGAUCCACUUAAGUUCCAUCCGUCCGCUUGCUACUACUAUCACGGACAGGCAGUAUUGCCAGGAGAGACGACUGUGGUGACUCCAGCACCACGCCAGCCUCACUGCCGGCACUCCAGUUCAGAUUCAGACAUUCAUGAAUACGCCAACGGGGAAGGCGCACAAGAUGGCCGUAUGUCCGCGAGACACGGGGGUUGUCCGUCCUGUCGUGUUCUGUCUCAGAGAAGCAGCUUGGACAGUCUGCUUAGGUGUAGCCAAGCACAUUCCAGCAGAGAGGCUGAUACGCAAGGCCAGAAGUGUUCUGAUGAGCACAGAGCUUCGGCACAAAGCACAGAUCCUCAGAUAGAGAUAGACAAAACAAACCAACCCACAGUCAUUCAGAGUAGAGCAAGCAUUAGUAGUUUCUCCCAGUCAGGGACAAAAGCUUCUAUUUCAUAUCUUUCGUCUCUGGUCGCUGAUUCCUCUGAAUCACACAGCAAGGUAGGCGAGGAACCAAAGAAGAGCGACUUCAAAGAUAAGGAUAUCAAAAUAUCACCUACCAAGUCAAAAGGUGCUAACAGUGGCCCCCAAGAUAGCAGGCAGGCUGACACUGGCUUACUAACAACAAGAGACAAUGGAGCUGACGAGUGUCGCUAUCUGGAGGUUUCUGGUGAUUCUGCAAUAUGUGAGAAUGAGACCUCAAUCCAAGUCUGCAAUGGAGUCUUCUCUUCCAAUGAAACUUCCAUCUCCAAGAAAGUUUCUCUCGAGUCCUAUUCUCCAACAACUUCAGCAUUUGCACAGCAGCAGCAGGCCUCAGGAAAAGGCAAGUUUGCACACAGUCCAACGUCUCCUCCCUCCUCGUUUAGUGAAUCCAAGCCCUCUCCAGUCUCUUCGCCGUCAAAGCUGCUCAAGUUCCUCAAAAUACCUUCGAUGGCGGAGAACACGCCAGCAGCCAACGCCUUGCGCUUGAGCCCCCAACUUACUCGCAACUCAAAGAUCCCCUGUAGAAACAACUACGAGGUGUAUCAAUCACCUGUGAUGUCCCGCAAAGCUACAACAGCAGAGCGAGAUAAACCACCCUCCACCUCCAAAACAGACACCUACCCCAGUACGCAUUCUGCCCCCACUUCUCCACCAAAGCCCGAAGACACUUGUUUGUCUGUCUCUAUGAAGGAAUCACAAGUUUACAGCAGCCACUCGGCUCCCAAGCCGAGCAGAGUUUCCAAAGGAGCGAAUCAAGCCUCCUCUCAACCCCCGAAAGGUGCUCCGGUACCUCACUAUGAAAAUAUUUUAGAUCCCUCUGCCUCUCUCUCUGAUUCCGUUAACGGUUUUGCUCAAAUAACCCCAGAGGAGAUGGAGAUUUCCGACAAGCAUAAAAUGAGCUUGAGAGAUGAAAGGCUUCUGAGUCCCCCCUCUCUCAAAACCUCAGAUUCAUCAGCUACCACCGGUGACUCUCCUUCUGACACCUCAGACCAGGACACUGACACAGAGAGUCCAGUUUGGCAAAGACCCCAGCAUCACUUUAGCCUGCCAUCCACAUCUUCAGCGGUAAACAAGGCUCAGAGGACCAGUUAUUCCAGUAUGAAAGACAGAUGUCACGAGAGAGGACCUCCAGAACAAGCCUCUGCUCAAAAACAUGACACGUCUUCUCCGUCUCAAGCUGCGGCUAAAAGAAGUGACAGGCAACCACCACUCCCAAAAAGAGCUGUCUCUGGUAAACCCCAGAACGAUUCGAGUUAUCACCCUUUCAAAGAACGUCUGGCAGCCCUCGGCAAGUUAAAGAGCACAGAGGAUCUGCAACAACAAGCUGUGGACAAGAGGGAAGCACAAAGUAACCUUGGUAAAACUGCAGCAGGGAACGGUGAAAGAAGCAAGACUGCGGAGAGACACGGCGAGCGAAUCUCAAUGGAGCAGAGACAUUCAAAGUAUACAGAUUCCCUUGAUGGAAAACCGUACCCUAAAACAAGCUUAGGCAAUUAUGCCAAGGGCCCUGUUUCUUCUUCUCAUGAACAAAGCACCAAGCCAAUAGGCAUAACCUCAUCAGGAGACAAAAGUUACAUUGUGAAAGCAGAGGGUCAAAAGAUCAGAAUGGGUAUGUCAUCAACAGCGUCUUGCGAAACCCCUGUAAUGAUGCGAAGCUAUGCCAAGUGCCCCAAUCCUCUUCCCCACCACAGCAAAACAGUCCCAAGUCCUCAAAGCAGCCCUACCAGAGCACAUUCCAAGUCCCCAUCCAAGACAGGCAGUGCCUCCUCAUCUUACCCUCGAGGAAUGAAACCAGUCCAAGACGAGCACCCCCACCCCCAGAGGCAUCCAUCCCGCACUGACGACAAGUCCAAGCUCACACCCGGAAAGAAAAAAACCUUUACUCACAUGGAAAACUUCCCACCUCCCCCUCCACCGAGACCUGGAGCAGAGUCAGCAAACAUUAAGACCGUUGAGAAACGACCGUCUGCAGCGUCUCACGCUCACCAGUCCGCCAUUGAGCAGAAGGUGAUGCGGGGAAUAGAAGAAAACAUGCUUAAGCUGCAGGAACAAGAUCGAGGCCAACCUCCGGAAACCAAACAGAAGACGUCCAACGGGAUUGCCAGCUGGUUCGGCCUGAAGAAGAGCAAGCUCCCUGCGCUUAAUCGUAAACCCGAAACGUCCAAGCUAAAGCUUAAUGUGUCGUCAUCCUCUUCUUCUUCCUCUGCAGCCAAGGAUGCCUCAGGGGCCAAAGGAGGACCCCGGAAGGUGGUAGAGAGCCUAAACAUCUCCAAGCUCAUGGAGAAAGCAGAAGAUUUAAGGAAGGCCUUGGAAGAAGAAAGGACGUAUGUGAAUAGGGUGGGCAUCGCUCUGGAUCGUCCUGGGAGGGGGCACUCGUGUGAAGUUGUUAUGGACCCAUCACAGGGUCAGCUAUCGCUAAUGUACCGAGGAGUGACGGCUGACAACUUCAUGCAACAGCUGCUGAACAGGGUGGAUGAGAGAGGCGCUCCGGGUUUUGGAAUAGUCCACCGACGUCUUUCCUUCGAUUCCAAGAGAUCUCGUCCUGUUUUCGGCCACCAGCAAAACAACAUCAGUCACACCCGCAGCCGGGAGGAGAUGGAUAAAGGUUCAGACAUGGUCAGCCGCGAUGAAAUCACAUCAGAUGAGAGCCUGGCGGAGUCUAUCAGCUCGCAGCACUUCACUGGGUCUGGUUCCUCCAUGCGGACUCUGGACAGCGGGAUCGGCACGUUCCCCCUGCCCGACUACGCCAGCAGCGCUGCAGGGAAAGGCGUUCCGAAGCCCCAGGGAGAUCAGGGCUUCUUCUGUUCUCAGGGAAAACAGGGAGCACUGCUGAAAGCACCACGGAAAGCCCGGACUCUUGAGAGGGAGCUCUCAUCUUUAGACGAAGUGAACCCAUGUGUUCUCUACGGUUCUCCUCUGGAGGCUAAGGCACCUGCUAUGCACCUCUCCAGCACCAUCCAUGAAGAUAUUGAUGCGUAUGGAGCUCAUUUGCAGACGCCACCAACCAAAAACUGGACUUUUCCUAACCUGAGAGGGUCAGCAGGAUCUACAGACGUGUACCUGCAGGAGAACAUGGAGCCUCCCAGCCAGGGAACUCCAUCAAGACGGAGUCUGAACAAAGGUGUCCCUCAGGCUCCUCAUGAAGCCGACCCCAGAAGCCUUCCCCUGCCGCCGCAGAUGGGCAUGAGCCGACAGCGCAAGAGUCGGACCCACGGAGCUCCAGAGAUGCCCAAGGAAGGCGGCCUGGAACUGGUGAAGGAGCGUCCUGAUGACAUCCUGUCUCCCAGUCGUCCUCAAGCUUUGGAAACACCAGAGUCCCUCAGCGACUCUCUGUACGACAGUCUGUCGUCCUGCGGCAGCCAGGGCUGAAGAGAACGUCAGACCAGAAUCUGACCAACUGGCGUCUUAUGGAUGAUGAACGUUUGUUUACCCUAUAGUUCAUUACAAUUCAGUGUCCAAAAAACAGGAGAUGACCCGAGGUUCUGAUAUCAGUGAUCAUGGAGUCUCAAGCAUUGCUUAAAGCACAUCCCAUGAUUCCAGAGAGGUCCGGAACAGAACUCUGGGAUGGGACUUGCUGCCUGGACCCAGCUUCCCCGCAGGAAGUUUAAGGUUUAACAGAUCUGACAGACAUUGUCCGUGAUUUACCUUCAGACCCUAUUCCCUGAAAAACGAACCCCUCACGUGUCCCUUCUGGUCUUAUCCAACCUGAACUUCCUGCUGAACGGAUCUCCUCAGGAUGACUGACGGACAGUGACUAUCAAAAGCAACAAAUAUACAUUAAACACACACACACACACAUGGACACACAAUUCUCACUGUUUAAAAAGACCUUUGAAAACACACACACAGAAAUUGCAUGGUCUUAUCACACCUGCUGGGAAUCCUCUCAUCUCGUCUCCGAGCAUCUCUUGAAGUGUGGCAUCUCUCAUUUAUGUUUACAGGAUUUUGCUGAUGUUCUUAUCCAUAGUGACUUACAAAGUUACUCAAAAAUGAUAAAGGUUGGUCACUGUAGUGUUAAGGAGUCUUGCCUAGAGACUCUUGUUGGUGUAGUGCAGUACCCAGUCACCCAGACCAGGAAUUGAACCUCAGUCUCCAACAUGAUGUGAUAGCUCACUGGCAGGUAGUGGCAUAAUCAAUUGCAUCACCAACCACUGAUGGAAGGUGGCAACUCUCAAAUCGUGGCGUUUUUUGAAGUGUGGCAUCUCCUGAAGUGUUAUGUCUCAGAGUGUGACAUCUCUCAGGGCAUCGAGCCUCUCGAAGCGUGGCAUCUCUCGCAACAUCUUGUCUCUUUUGAGUGUGCCAUCUUUCAGAACGUAUUGUCUCUCUGAACAAUUAGACCCUUACAACAUCUCUUCUCUCAGAGAGUGGUGCCUCUCAGAGCAUGGCAUUUCUCAGAACAUGAUGUCUCUCUGAACGUCUCAUCUCAGAAUGUGGUGUCUCUGAACGCCUCGUGUCUCAGAAUAUAGCGUCUCGCAGAACAUGCAGUUUUCUGUGAACGUCUCAUCUCAGAAUAUGUCUCUCGGAAUGUCUUAUCUAUCCAAACGUGCUGUCUCUAUAAACGACUUAUCUCUGAACAAUUUGACUCUUGUAUUGUCGCGUCUCUCUGAGCGUGGUGUCUCUACAAGUGUGGCAUCUCCUGGAGUGUUAUGUCUCAGAGCGUGACAUAACUCAGGCCAUCGGCAUCUCUCGACACAUCUUGUCUCUUUUGAGUGUGCCAUCUCUCAGAACCUAUUGUCUCUCUGGACAAUUAGACCCUUAGAACUGAGUGGUGCCUUUCAGAGCAUGUCCUUUCUCAGAACAUGGCAUCUCUCUGAAAGUAUCGUCUCAGAACAUGACAUUCUCUUUGAGCGCCUAGUUUCUCAGAAUAUGGCUUCUCACAGAACAUGCUAUUCUCUCUGAACGUCUCAUCUCAUCUCGUGGCGUCUUUCAGAAUGUCUCAUCUAUCCAAAUGUGCUAUCCCUCCAAACGACUUGUCUCUGAAUAAUUCGACUCUUAUAGUGUCGCGUCUUUCUGAGCUUGGUGUCUCUACAAGUGUGGCAUCAGAGCGUGACAUAACUCAGGGCAUCGAGCCUCUCGAGGUGUGGCAUCUCUCGAAACAUCUUGUCUCUUUUGAGUGUGCCAUCUGUUAGAACAUAUUGUCUCUCUGAACAAUUAGACCCUUAGAACGUCUUUUCUCUCAGAGAGUGGUGUCUCUCAGAGCAUGUAGUUUCUCAGAACAUGGCAUUCUGUUUGAACGCCUAGUUUCUCAGAAUGUGGCGUCUCUCGGAAUGUCUCGUCUAUCCAAACGACUUGUCUCUUAACAAUUCGACUCUUAUAGUGUCGCAUCUUUCUGAGCGAGGUUUCUCUACAAACGUGACAUUCAAACUCUCAGAAUAUCUCGUCUUUCAGAAAAAAGAAUUCUGAACGGUUUCUCUAAACAUCUCGUCUCUUUGAACGUGGCAUCUCUCACAGCAUGCUGUCUUUCAGAGCAUGAUGUCUCUCAAGUCGUAGCAUCUCAGAGCAUGGUGGCAUCUUAUAACGGACCCUGAUCAAUCGAUUUAAAGAUAAUUAUAUGGGCAGAUAAGUGAUUGGGAAGUGCUGAUUGGUCAGGAGCAUCAUAUGCUUAAAGGAAUUCCCAGUUUGUGUGGUCUGGGAGAAGCAGGCUUGUGUUGAAACUUUUGCUACAGAGAAAUCAGACAAUUAGCACCUUUUAUCACACCUUCUUACUCGUCCAAUUUGUGCUGUUAUUUUUUGGGAAUGUUUGGUGAAAAGAGCUGCUUUUGCAAUAACCUCCAUCCUCUUGGAGGGCACUAGAGAGUGCGGAAUUACAUUAUAUUAGUUCAAAAUCCGACAAGAUUUGCAUAUUGUUUAUUACUGGAAUCACGUUUGUUUGUCCAGUCUAGUUGAGCAGCAUGUCUUUGUUUUUUUUUUCUCAGAUCGUUGAUUUUUUGUAGGAGCGCCAACAUACACAAAGUACAAUUUGUUCAAAAUGGAGUUUUAAACUUAAGUAAAGUAGGCCAGAAAAAGGGGAGUUUUCAUAUUUCUGAGCAAUGUUUGCUAGUAUAAUAUUUGCUGAUGUUUAGCUACUUUUGCAUACAGCUAUUUGAAUUAAAAUAUAUUAUUUUGUUCUAAAAAAAAAUAGUCAAAUGACUUUGUUGUAAAGUAUACUGUAAAGUACACAGAGAAAAACAAAAUUGAUAUAAUGGCGUAUCAACCAACUCAAAACUUGAAAUCAUAAUUUUGUGGAUUUGAUAAAUUGAUUUUUUUUCUUCUCAGUAAUUGAUUAUCAGUGCAUGUCUGAUCUAUCCCUUCUUUGGUGUCUGAUAAACAGCAGAAACUCACAGCCUUAAAUAACACCAAUAUUGUAGCAUAGGGGGCGGAGCUACCUGCAGUUCUUUUUGCAGUUUUGGGUUCUGUCUUUUCCAAUCAGCUCUCUUUAUAGAGAAUUUAUAGAAUUUGAUAUAGAACACUGUUCUGGUGUGCUGUCUAAUGUUUUGGCUUUUGUGAUCAUAAGUGAGUUAGAAUCCCAUCAAUGUGAAAUUUAAAAACGAUUACUGAUGAACUAAAUCAGUACAACAGGCUGAUAUACUGGUGGAACUCAGUUAGAAGUCUUAUUUUUUCCCCCCGUAUUUUUCGCACUAUAAGGCGAACCGUAUUAUAAGGCGCAUUAUCAAUGAACGUCUAUUUUCUGGUCUAUUUUCAUACAUAAGGCGCACUGGAUUAUAAGGUGCAUUUAAGAGAGGCUAUAAGGAACUUCUAAUUCAGCAGGUCUGGAGUAGCUAACUAAGUGAAAUAAAGCUAAGCUAAGUAAACAAAACUGGAAUAAAAACCAUUAAGAUACUUUCUUUUAAAGUCAAACGUGCGCUGGAUGUAAAUCUACACAGAUUUCUCGCCUGAAAACAGGUGAGUAAAGCACUUUAGUUUAUUUACAGUAAGCUUGGAAUUCCAUUUCUCCAGCAAUAGAAUGGAGCAUUAGCAUUAGCUGCUAACUGUUAGCCAGGGUUAGGAGCAGGCUAGAGGCCGAUAAUACUCACCUCUGAACGAGGAAAUAGCGGGUAGCGGCUAAUGCUAAUGCUACUCCAGCCGUGUUAGCCAGGGUUAGAAGCAGGCUACAGGCUGAUAAUACCAUACCUGUCAAGUCUCCCGUUUUGGCCGGGAAACUACCGUAUUUUACUCCUCUUUCCCGCCGUCCUCCCGUAUUAGUAUUUUCCCGUAAAUUUCCCGUAUUUUAUUAAAGUAAAAAAAUAUAUAUUAUUGAGGAUACAGGGCACUGACCGCUCUGUGUCUCUUAACCAAUCGUGGAGCCGGUUCAAGGAGAAAGUUCAGGAGAAACAGCCAAUCAGCUUGCAAGGAGGGUCAGUGUGGGGAAGCCCCGCCCUCCUCGCUGUGAGUUCAGGCAGCUAGUUGGAGCUGCUGAUGUUAAAACAUACAUGCAGCGAUUUUUCUAAAAGAAAGGUAACGGUAGUCUAAUCAUGGAAACUGUGAUGAGAUUUUUCUGAUAGCUGCUUAAAAAUACUCCGAAAUAAAACACACAGAUUAAACCUUUUAAAAUAAAAAAAUUACAGCUUGUGACUCAGUUUAACUAGAAAUGUGGAGAGGACCGACAUUAACUGAACUGAUCAGGGGUGGAGUGAUCAAAAGGAAGAAGUAUUAAUUAAAAAUUAUUGUGUAGGCCCCUUAGGACUAAUUUUUACUGAUGGAAUAUAUCUGGUCCAUGUCCUUUUAGUAAAAGCUCAUAAUACCAUUUUUAGGUCACCAACAGUCAUUUUGCAGAAUUUGUGCACUCUUUGUUCAAUUUUAAAUCCAUUAAAUAAAUAAAAAAUAUAUCAUAUAAAAGAGUGCAUUUAUUACAAAAAAGACAUGAAAUCUUAAAUUAAAAAAAAUAUAUAGAAAAGGGUAUUUAAUUUGGCUGUAUUAAAAGAAUGACAUAUGUAGGAAUGUCCACAACAUGUUCAGAUUCUGAUAAUCUAAUUGUAGUGUGUAAGUGGUUCACAUGUGGUUAUUUUAGAUUUUUUGUAAACCUGUUUUAAAAGAGAUACUGAACCUUCGUUGGGCUGGUGGGACGGCUUUAAGCGGACAGAGGAAAAUAUCCCUUAUUUUUAAAUCUAAAACUUGACAGGUAUGUAAUACUCACCUCUGAACGAGGAAAUAGUAGUAACGGCUAAUGCUAAUGAUGGAGAAAUACACUGAAACUUCAGCAGAGUGGCUUUACUACUCCUUACAACCUGACUGGUAAAAUUCAUACAUAAGACGCACUAGAUUAAAAGGCACACUGACAAUUUUUGGGAAAAUUAAAGGAUUUUAAAUGCGCUUUAUAGUGCGAAAAAUACGGUAGUCUGGAUUUAUAAAACUCACCACAAAACUAGGUAACACAUUAUUUGAAUGGGGCACUGUAGACGUUCUGAAGAUUCUUCACUAUCUAUUAAAAUAUUAAGUAAAUGAACUUAAUUUCCCCAAACCCUUAAACUGAUUCUAAGCCUAACCAUAAACCUGCUACUGGUGCUUGUAGUAAAUACCAAUAAAAUGAAGAUUAAUUAAUUUCUUUAACUCAAACAAACUUAAACCCAAGUCCAACACCAAACUCUGAACCCAACCCUAAACCUAAACCCCUAACUUAAUCCUAAUCUAACUCUAAACCUUAAGCACUGAUCUUAACCCAUUCUAACUUGAACCCAACCUCAAACUCUGCCUUUAAUCUUAACCCAAAAAUUAAACCUGGUGCUAACUUUAAAUGUAAUGUCAACCUUUAACUUAAUCCUUACUUUGGUCCUAAUAAAAGCCUUGAUCCUUCAUAAUCCUUAAUCCUUAUCCCUAGACCAGGUUGGAUGACCUGGAUGAUCAGUAUCUGAUCUGUAGGGAAUAUAAAGUAAGAGUGGGAGGGGCUCUGUGAAAUAGUGGGCGGAGUCUCUGAGUAGUUCUGAUCUGGGUUCUGUUGGUCGGUACCACUCUUUACACUUUAUUCUUUACCUUCACUGUGAUUGAUACGAACCCAAUGAGCUUCUGUGAUCCACAUCAUACCAAACACUACGGUUUAACAAACUACAAACGCAACCAAACUUCAGUCUGAAUGCUGAUUGGUCCGCUGUCCGAAUCACUGCCGCUCCGAUUUGUUUUAUGAUGGACGGGCGAGUGUUUCAGUUUUUUUUUUUUUUUGAUACGCUGUGGGUUUCAUAGGGUGUGAGUGUUUGUUUAUACUGACCGUAACUCCGCCCCCCAGAGCCAUGCUGAGCAAUACUGUGUUGCUCGUCUUAAAAAACCCCAUUUUUUUUACAGUCGUCAGUAAACAGUUGCAAGUUUGUGAUUUCUGAAUUUUUUUAGUUAGUUUUCCGUUAGCCUGUGAGGAAGCAGAGCAGAUGUGUGAUGUCUCCCUGUUUUGUUCCAGUGUUCUGGUUCUUUUUGGCAGUUUUACGGUUACAUAAAGAUGGUUCUGUCCUUCAUUCUGAUUCACUAGAAAUUCACUAGAAAUUGUAGAGGGCAAGUCCACAGAUUUCUCAAAAUUCUGUCCAUAAGUGUUCAGUGUUUCAGUGGGUUUGUUUGAGAUGAGCCCAUUCAGAUUGGGGGUUUAAAAUUAACUAAAGAGUGGUAGUUCGAGAUGGAUCCGUUUUGAAUGAAGGUCAGAUGUGAAGUUUGAGAAUUGUGUUGGAGUUCCUCUGUGAGAUUGGUGUACUGUAGUUAAAUAAACAGGGUCUGUCUCUUGGGGGCUUCUGGGUUUCAGGUGUACAGUUUUGGAAAUUGAAGUUUUUUUUUUUUUACACCUCGGCAAGGCUGAGUAUUGAUCCACACACAGCUUCCAUCACCUGUAUUGAUUUCGGUAUUCUCUGUAACUCUCAUAAUGUUGUGUUUUGUCUUGUGAAUUAUAAAAACUCCUUUAUUUAUCAGAAUCGGACUCUUAGCGACCCUGAGGAGCAGCAGAUAAUCCACCACCUGGCUCCAGUCCAGCAGGUGCUCGCUGUUUAUCAGCUGCUAAAGGUGCUGUCUUCAUAAAUCAUAAUAUCAUGCUGCAGUCUAGAUUAUUUUAGGUCUUUUCUAGAGGUUUGGCUUGUAUUAAAGAGACAAAAUCCUUCGUUUUCUUUCACUUUUAUUUCCUUACAUUCCCAGAAACCGUCCUGAACUUGUCCAAAACCUCUUUUUAACCGUUUCUGUGGAGAUAUACUUGUGUGUUUGGGGUCAUUGUCAUGCUGCCUGAUCUGCUUACACUGUUUAAGGUAUAUAGUUAAGUUAAUUUAGGAACUUUAAUGGGUUUGAAACUAAGAAGAAAAAUGUUUUCUGAAGGUUCCUGAAAGUACCUUAAGAAGUUCCUCAAGGAAUGUAUUCUUUUAACAGUGUAGAGACAAAGCUUCAGUUCACAGACUCACAUCCUGACCUUUUGCUCUUGUAGAAUUUGCAAAUCCAGAAUACACAGCCCCAUCAAUAAAGGCAGAACAUCCUGGACCUAAACUUGCAAUGCAGCCCCAAGCCGUGACACUCCUUCCGCCCCCAUGUUUAACAGAUGGAAUGGGAAUGUAGUGUUUGUUUUUUUCCAACCAUAGUAACACUUUUUUUAUUAAAACUAAAUAAAGUUAAGUUCUGUUUUGGAUUCCUCUGUUCACAGAACUUUCUUAAAAUAGGAUGUCGAUUAUCCAUCAUAGUCUUCAGCCAACUUCAGCAGAUGAACCGCAGGGUUAUUUUAGGAGAGCUGUGGGCUCCUCCUGCCUUCUGUUCUGCCGCGCACACGAUAUUCCUGAUGGCGUACAAAUUAAUUAUGAUGAUUUUUGACUGAUUUUAAUUCAUAAACCCACACAAAUUUCAGUGGAGGGAAAUGAAUAAAGGAAAAUAAAUGGAGGAUAAAGAAGAAGAAGAUGAAGGAUACGUCUCUUUAACCCAAAUAAAAACAUCUGGAAAUGACUUGAAUCUGACUGAGUGGAUAGAGAGGUGUAUGUUCAGUAAAUCUGAGGUGGUUUAUAUGACUCAACUGCACUUAAUAUAAAAUCUUCAUUAUGAUAACAAGACGGGUUUCCUCGAUCCGAGGUCUAUACUCCGGACUCCUCCUCCCGCAUGGUGUAGCUGAUAGUUCGCUCGUUAUUUCUGUAGUUUGUAGUUUGUAGCCCGGAUUAAUUGUUUUUUUUAUUAUUAUUUAUUUCUUGAUUGAUUUUGUUUGCUGUUCGUGUCACUGCUGUUAUUAUUAUUACUGUUUAUUGUUGUUAUUUACUGUUUUUGUUUUUUUAUGUCUUUAAUUCUUCAUUAAUUCUGCUGAUUGAAGGUUUUGUAUGUGUGUACGUGUGUGUACGUGUAUGUGUGUGUGUGUGUGUGUGUGUGUGUGUGUGUAAAUAGUAUCUGAAGGUGCUAUGUGUAAAUAGCAUUUCCACGACUCAGAUGAAGCCAUACAGCGCUGUGUGUUCCGGACGCUUCUGUUAAUUUAUGAUUCAAAAUAAACUAAAAUAAACCCUUUUACUCAGAA